UCAGACAAAAUGGGACGUUCACUCAUUCUGUUUCUCGUUGCCAUCUCCAUGGUGUUGGCUGGGAGCGUGACCAUUAAGACCUUAGUGUUCCCCUCGGAGACAGCUUCGGAUUAUGUGGAGAUGGUCCCUCUGAAGCCCCUGAGGCUGACGGCUUUCACUCUGUGCAUGCGUGUGGCCACAGAGCUCAGUGGCGAGCGAGAGGUCAUCCUGUUUGCGUACCGGACUGGAGACUACGAUGAGCUGAAUGUGUGGCGUGAGCUGGACGGCAGAUUGUCCUUCUACCUGAGUGGAGAUGGCGUUUUGUUCCAAGUCCCUCAGCUCGGUGCACUGCAGACCCAUCUGUGCAUCACAUGGGAUUCCAGUUCAGGUGCGGCCGCCCUCUUCAUGGACGGGAGGAAAAGUUUGACUAAAAUUUAUAAAAAGGGUCACACAAUCCGCUCCGGAGGCAAGGUUAUCAUCGGGCAGGAUCCAGAUGUUUACGUGGGGGAUUUUGAUGCCAAACAGAGUUUUGUUGGUGAGAUCUCUGAUAUUAAUAUGUGGGACUCUGUCCUCUCACAAAGCGUGAUCCAAGACAUGUUUUCUGGGAAGAGAGUACAGAGAGGAAACAUUUUUGACUGGGAAACAACACAGCUUAAACUUAAUGGGGAGGUGGAGGUUGUUCAUACUGAGCUGUAGUUAUAAUGACAGCAAACAACAUGCUGGAAUGAUGUUGGCAACGUCAUAAAGCAGGUCACACUGUUGUUCUUAUUCCAAUA